AUGUCCGACUACAGCAAGGUCAUAGCCUGGGCCGCUACGAGAAACGUACAAGAAGCCGACAAAGAGCGCAAGCUGUACCAUGUCGCCGCAAAACGAGUCCCGCCUACCCGGAAGGACUAUCCUAACUUAUUAUCAGAUAUGCUGAAAGUCGCGGCGGCCCUGCUAGACGGGGAGAUCGAAUACAGACGGGGCGAGUAUGAUCGUGCUUUUGAAUCCCUGCCCGCGCGAGGGCUCAUCAGCAUCCAAAUAAUGUGUCGGCUCUGCAUGGGUACCAUGAGUGUUUGA